AUGCUGCUAUUGCUGCUGCUUCAGGAAGAAACGCCAAACGCGCCAGCAAACUGUCGGCGGCAGGACCAGCAUGUUCUCGCGAUUCACAUCCGGAAAGGGCCGCGGCGGCGGCCCGCAGAUGAUGGAGUCUGGACACGGACAAGGCUACGGGCAUGGGUAUCACCAUAA